UACAAUAUACAUAAGAGGGAAAGAGAAGAUUUCCUGGAAGCGUGUCUUCACGGUGUCUGAAUACGCACUUCGCAAUCCUCUUUCUUCCCCUCUUAUCUCAAUCACCCCACCUUCUUCUUGUACACAAUAAUGUUCCCUCACUUGGUGUACUCAUGAUUUUUUUCCAAAGAAAACAUCUUCAAAAUAUACUUUAGUACACAUUUGAAACUAGACUAUGAAUGAUAAUAUAAUGGUUACAAUUUUAAACCUUUGAUAACUUAUAAAAAAAAACAUGUGAAGUGUAUAUUGUGCUGAUUUAUUUUCAAUUAUACAAGUCAUCAAUUUUUUUUUUUUUUUUUUUUGCAAUUUCGUGUGAUUACUUACGUUUUUACGCUUCCGUGGAUUUUUCUUGCGCUGUUCCUGUUGAUUCACAUACAUAUAUAGGCAAUGUGGCAUUGGAUUGCUUCACGGAUCUGAGUUUGUCAAGGUGAUUGUCCAAAUGCAUCAUGGGUAAACCACCGGAUGGUGGAGGUUUAUUCAUAGCGAGCUUUCUCGUUCUUUAUUCGAUUAGUUCGAAUGCUCAAAUCAAUCCUGAAUAUGGAUGUCCUUCUCAGGAGAAAAUUUUACCUUGCCGAUGCUCCACUCGUGAUAUGGAGUAUCAAAUUUGGUGCAGUCACAGUGAAUUGCCAAAAGUUCUCGAGGGAUUGAAAGCAGUGAGUCUUCAUGUGUCGCGACCAAUUGAUGAAUUAAUUCUUGAGAACAAUAAUUUACCAAGUUUACCAGGACAGGCGUUCGCGAGUCUUCGAGUUUUAAGAUUAAUGUUAAGGAACAAUCGUUUAGAAAGAGUGUCAUCCGGUUGGCUUGAGGGUCUUCACGAUUCUCUAUUGGAACUUUUUGUUGUUGAACCGGAACUUCGUUCAUUACCAGACGAUAGUCUUGAAAAUCUUUUAGGUCUCGAGGCAAUUACAUUACAGAGUAAAGUUCUCAAACGACUUCCAAGUCUCACAGGACUUCCAAAAUUACGUUAUCUUCAAGUGAAUUCACCUGCUCUUCUUGAAUUGACACCACGUAAUUUUCGCGAUAUUCCAAAUCUUGAACAAAUUCAUGUUUUUGGUAGUCCCAAAUUGGCGCGAUUAGAAGCGGGACUUUUUCGUAAUUUACCAAGAUUAACAUUGGUGAAUAUUAGCGAUUGUAGUAUUCAAUGGAUUCAUCCACGUUCACUCAUUGAUUUACCUGAAUUAAAGGAAAUUUCAUUUAUUGGAAAUACAAUACUCGAAGCUGGAAUGGUUGGUCGUGCUGUUAUUGAUUUACCAUCAUUAUCAGUAUUACAACUUGAUCGUAAUCGUAUUGUAAGAUUAGGUGAAUCAUCAUUCACUGAUCUUCCAACAUUGACACGAAUUUCAUUAUCAAAAAAUCGUAUCACCGAAAUAUUUCCCGGUGCAUUUCAAAGAGUUUCAUUAUUGAGAAUUAUUGAUUUAAGUCAUAAUAUGAUACAUCGAAUACAUCCGGAAUUUUUUCCACAUCGUAGUGGAAGUAGCCUUGAGGAAUUAUGGUUAAUUAAUAAUGAUUUGAGUCAUAUUAAUGAAUUACGUUCAAUAUUAGAGGCAUUGCCAAGAUUAAAAUUUCUCGAUGUGAGUUAUAAUCAAUUGGAGGAAAUUCCCUAUGGAUCGUUUAGAGGGCAUCCAUCAUUGGAAAGAUUACAUUUGGAUCAUAAUAGAUUGAAAUAUUUGCAAAGAGAAUCUUUAAGUGGAAUGCCAGCAUUAAGGGAAUUACGUCUUAGAAAUAAUUCAUUGACAAAUUCAUUGGAUAUGCCAUUUUGGAAUUUACCCGCAUUAAAGGGACUUGAUAUUUCGGGAAAUUAUUUUCGUCACAUUGAACCACGACUAUUGGGAAAUCUUCCAAAUUUAAGACGUUUGGAUAUAAGUCAAAAUGCAAUAGGUCACAUUGAUCCUCAAUCUUUCAUUGAAACAUCAGCUCUUGAAUAUGUGAAUAUUUCGGGAAAUGCACUAUCCGUGAUUCAUCCAAUGACAUUUAGACAUUUAACAAAUCUUUUUGAGCUUGAUAUAGGAUGGAAUCGUUUAUUGGAAUUAACACCUGGAUUGCCGAGAAAUAUUGAACAUCUUUAUUUGACAAUGAAUCGAUUAGUUUCACUGCCUGGACUUGCAUCACAAGAUCUUGCACUUCCUGUUUUACGAACAUUGGACAUAAGUGCAAAUGGCAUUGAAAGAAUAUUGCCCGGCACAUUAAGUGGUUUAGUGAGUUUGAAGAAACUUCUUCUUGGCUAUAAUGCACUUCGUGUACUUGAGGAUGGAACAUUUGAUGGACUUUUUCGUUUGGAAUUAUUGGAUCUCAAAUAUAAUCGUCUUGAUACAAUUCAUGGUAGAAGUUUUAAGCCAUUGACAAUGUUAAUGGAUUUGAAUUUACGUGGAAAUCGAUUUGAAAUUAUUCGACCCGAUGUAUUUCAAGAAAAUAGACGAUUACAAAAAUUGGAUAUCAGCCGGAAUAAUCUCGCUCAAAUUCCUCAUCCAACAUUUGCUAGUACAAGAGAUCUUCGAGAAUUGUAUGCGUCGCACAACACUCUGACCGAGUUACCCGGAUCGUUGCACGAUCUAACGGCUCUUCAGGUCCUCGACUUAAGUUUCAACAAGUUGAACAUCCUAUCGCCGGAUACGCUCAGCAGUUUGACUUCUCUGCUCGAACUCAAAUUAGUUCGAAAUCGAAUUAAAGAAUUGAGAGAAGGUGCAUUUGAUGGAUUACCACGUCUCAAUUUGAUCGACCUUGAGAAUAAUGAUCUUCGAGUUAUUGAGAGAAAUUCAAUUAGAGCAUUGCCCGAACUUCAAGCUCUGCGUCUUGGAAAAAAUCGUAUUCAGAUGAUACCAAGUGGAGCAUUUUCUGAAUUGCCUCUUCUACAAAGUGCAGAACUUCAAGAAAAUCAAAUUGACGAAAUAGCGAGUAAUGCAUUUAUUAAUGUGCCGCAUUUACUUUUUCUAAAUCUCAGUAAUAAUUAUCUACCAGGCUUGGAUUACAUGGGUUUGGAUAGUAUGAGAUCACUUGAAGUUUUAGAUUUAAGUAACAAUCGAAUAUCAAGAGUUUCAAAUGAUGGUCUCGCAGCGAUGGAAUGGCUCGUGGAGUUGAAGAUGGACAACAAUCGUAUCUGUACAAUUCAAGGUUCGCCCUUUGACGAUAUGCCAAGAUUACGAGUUCUUAGUUUGCGAAAUAAUAAAAUGGCUUCGGUUGCCGAGGGUGCUUUCAAAAGACUUCGAUCUAAUAUUGCCGUUCUCGAUAUUGAUGGAAAUCCUUUAUCUUGUUCGUGUGGAAUGAUUUGGCUACGAGGAUGGUUACAACAAGCUUCAGCAGAAGGUCCAAGAUGUGCCGACGGAUCUCUAUUUAGAGAUAUUAGAUUAUCUCGUCAAGAUUGUCAACGCGAAAGAUAUAUCGAAUCAGUUCAUCCAGGUUGCGAAACUGAAAUAAUUAAAGAUUUCCCAUUAUCUGAUUCCUCUUCUUUAUAUGGAACACAACCAAAACCAUGGAUGGAUAUAAAAAAUCAAAAUGGACAAUCCAUUUCUCAAGAUAUGGAUUAUUAUUAUCACGAUUAUGUUGAUUAUAAUUUGGAAAAUACAACUGAUUUAUCAACAGCAACACUUUAUCCACCGACAUUAUCGCCAAUUGUUGUACCACCAUCUCCAUCACCUGAAUUAAUUCAAACAACUUUUCCACCGAAAUAUUCAACAAUAAAAAAUAAUACCAAUCCAACAAAGAAACCACCGACAAUUCCACCAUCGCCAAGUAGUUCUGGAUUCACAUUUUUUGGUGUUCCUUUACCAAAUUUAAAUUUUAAUCUUUGGGGUAAUGCAGGACGUAAAGCCAAUAGAAAAGAAGACAUUGACGAUCGUUCGGGAAAAAUUCGUUAUAAAAAUUUUCCACCAACUGAACCGGAAAUUCAUCGCGGUGGAUUUAUACCAAUUCCUCAAGGUGAAGGUGGUUUUAUACCAAUUAUUGAUCCACGAAUUACACAACAGGAGAAACGUGAAAAGAAUAUCACUGUAAAAAUGCCAAAAAUUCGUGAAAAUACAACAAUUUUAAAAUCUCACGAUGAACGAAUACGAAUAAAACAUUCAAAUUUUACAAUUGAAAAAAUUGAAAGAAUCACGGGUUUUAAUAAUAAAAAAGCAGAAAUUAAAGAUAGAGAAGAAUUAUCCACUUUGGCAAGUGUAAAAAAUGAAUCUAUCAUUGUGACAACAAUGGGAAAUUUUGAAAAUUUGCCUAUAACUGUAAAAUCAACAACUAUAGAAGAACAAAAUCCCGAGGCGGAAGAAACUUCAUUUUCAACGGAAAUUUAUGUUGGUGAAAGUUUAGAGGUUGAUGAUGAUGAUGAUGAUAGUUCAAAAAGAGAUGUUCCGCAAGAAAAGGUUGCCAAUAAAAUUAUUUGGACUACGAUUUCAUCUUUGGAUUCAAUAGAAAGUGAUGUAAAAGAAACAGUGACUACAUCAAUGGAGGUGCUUAAUCUUAAGAAGAAGAAAAUUUCAGAAAUUAAAAUUUUACAAAAAGAAACAACUACAAUUGGCACUACCGAAAUCAAUGAAAAUAAUUUUGAAACAGAGGAACCAGUCACAACGGACAUUCCUACUCCUCAAUUUUUAUCAUCAGUAACAACACGAACAAUCGAUAAAUUCAAUUCAACUUCUCCAGCAUCACGAACACUGGAAGCUUCAGCGCUUUCAGCACUUUUGGUGCCCGGUGGUCAAGUACCAAUUGUAGUGCCAGGCAAUAAUUUACGAUCAAUUGGACGAUCAACAAUAACAAAAGUAUCGUCACCAUUUCAAAAUGCAUCUGAAUUAAAUAGAAAUGAAAAUAAAAAUUUAUCAUCAGAAAUUCAUUCUUCCAAGAGAAUCAAUGAUUCUCAUACUGUCACAAAUGAAAGCGAUAAAUUAAACGAUGACAAUGCUUUCAAUUGGUAUUUUCAACAUUACAAUGACAGUCAUAUUGAUCCAUAUUUAGGUGAUGUUUACGCAGGUGUCGAUAGUUUGAUUAUUAAUCAAUGGACAUUUUUAGGAUCGCAAAUGAUUAUUGCACUUUGGAGUUUAAUUUAAUAGUUAGUAAAACUGUUUGUAUACUUAAAAAAAAAAAAAAA